UGAAAAUGAGAGAUGGAAUUAGGUUUAACGACAAACUAGAAAGCAUGAAAGGCAAGUUUAAUGGCAGCCAUCCCUGGAUCAAAAAGCUAAUAUUCGUUAUCAUUGUGUGAUCAAUCUACUUACUCAUUGAACUUUGGAGAAGAGAUCAGUACAAUGACAGAUAUGUCUGUCUUAUCAUCAGACUUAUCGGAUUCUCGAUAUCUUUAUUCACAAUCAGAGCAAUCCUCAUAGGAGGGAAUACCAGAAGACGUACCUUUGGAAAUGACAGGUUAGAGGUGCUGGGGGCUCUAGGAACAGUACUCAUCUGGUGAUUAUCAGUCCUUUUAAUUAUCGAUGCGGUCGGUCGAAUAAUGAACCCAAUCAAACUAGACUCUGCGAGUAUGAUGUUCACUGCCCUUCUUGGUUUAUUCUUUAAUUUCAUUAUGCUGAAAAUUUUGACAAUGCAGGAAACAGAAGCAGAUAACAAGCCAAGUCAGGAGCAACUCUCCUACGAGAUGCAAGACCUUGGCCUUGAAGGACUUGAAUUCAAUGGAGCCCCCAAAGUUGAAAACGAGAGUUUGGUUUUAAAAAUGCAUGAUAGCCUAGACCAGCAGCCCGAAAUGAGAGAGAGUAUAGGAAGUAAAUCAUUCUAUGUUGAUACAGAGUCACAAAAAGAUUCGGAAUUUGAGGAUAUUAAUACUCACAAGAACCAAAGUGGAGGUAAUUCUAAAGACUACCUCGGAGCAUUGAAAUCGAUCUUUAACAAAGACAAAAUGCCUAAACUUGAAUAUAAUGUUUCAGAUAGUUUAAAUGUACGUGCAGCUGCAGUGCAUGUCUUCAGUGACAUCAUACAAUCUCUCAAAAAUCUGACUGUAGCUAUCAGCAUCCAUUCUCUUCCGGAGGCGACUCUUAUUGAGCCGAUCUGUACUAUAGUAUUCUCUAUUUUGGGCUUAUUCACCACAUAUUUUAUCCUCAAAGACUGAAUCAAUAUUUUGAUGGAGGGAGUACCCAAGAACAUGUCUUAUAGAGAAGUAAAGACCUCUAUCGAAAGAAUCAAAGGCAUUAUAUCCGUCAAGACUCUUCAUGUGUGGUCUAUCACACCCAACAGGGCCUGUCUGACAGCUAAGAUCAUUGCUAGGGUCAAUACUCCAGUAGUGAUGCAAGCCCAUGAGAUCUGAAGGAAGAAGUUUGGCAUCCAAGAGUGAUUCAUAGAGGUGAACACCAUUUAGAUUUCAAUUUCUAGAAGAAA